AUGAGGCUCCUUGGACUGCUUGCUGCAGGAGCUUUCCAGCUACCUCUCGAGGCACUGGCCAUGAGAGCAUCGCUGGGCGUUAAGGAGACUCUACUAGCUGAAAACAGGGAGCGCAGUGUCACGUUUGCUUCACUUCCUUUCGAUCUUCCGAACAACACCCUCAUUUCUCAAGAUGUUUUGACGAAUAACGACCACUACUCAGGCAUUCUCAGCCCCGACGGUCGCAUCGGGUGCACGGAAUCCUAUGCUAGUGAACAAGACCAGGAAGUCGCCGUGGUUCUAGCAUUCUCCAAGUGUCUUGAUGACACCUCUUUGAGCAUGGUCGAGGAGUGGGUAAACCAAGUCAAGGCCGGGAUCAUUUCAACUCCCUACGCGGAGGACCUGCAGAUCACAUUCCAGUCGACGAUGGUGCCAGGUGCUUGCGAAGAACGCAGUGAGAAGACUAAACAAGGACUUCACGACCCCGCCAUGGAGAGCCAGGGGAGCUCUUCGCCUCCGAAGAAUCCGGAGACGACUGAACCACCAGUUCUUUUGGCCGACGGCGUUCUACCAACUGACCUUAAACGCCUGAAAGCAUUCCCUGGACUCGGCAAAGCUGUCAAUCUGGCUGAUGAUGAAGUCAAGCUGGAUGUCAAGCCGAUCGCUGUCAUCUCCUUCGUAACCGGAGAGAAAUCUUACGGGGAGGUGAUGAAGUACGAGGCCAGUGUUCAAGUGUCUAAGACUUUCAACUUCCAUAUCUGCAAGAGCGGUAUCAACUGUGAAGGCACAUUUGAGAACUGUAUCGACCUGCCAGAGGUGGUGGAUCUGUUCAUGUACAACCCGUUCACAAUCACGCGCUCUAUUGAGUGUGCCAACUUGGACGGUGGUGUGCCCGUCACGUACCUGGACGACUAUGGUGCUCGUCAAUGCUUUUGCAACUGUCCUGCUGGACACGUGCUCGAAGAGGACGACUACGGGGGUCUAUCGUGCAAACAAACUGACGAAGACGUUUGCCCCUGUGCUUGGGCUCAAGUAAACGGGUUCAAGUACGAGGUGGAUAUCAACAAGGCCACUUGUUCAAUCAAAGACUUAGCCUCCGCCUCCGUACUAUCUGUGCCAUUCCCGUCCGACGGCUACGUCGCAGACAAGCGUGAUACACUGAAAGAAGGGUACCAGAACCCUCGGAUUACGGUGACGGUAGACCGGCAGCAACUGGCUGAGUACAAGGGAUCCGAUAUUCAAAGUGUUGUCGGCGCCGAUGCGUCGUUGCCACUAACGUUUGAGGAGGUUGUGGGGCUGUCUUCAACGGCCUCAGAUCUUAAACCCCUUGUGGCUCCUACGUACGGCACAAACACAUACACAACGGAACACCCGUGGAAGGAGUACCAGGUGAACCGAGUUGCCCACAUUGACGACUUGGAGUUGACAUCCUACGGUAAAUACAAGCUUGAAAUGAGCGCCUACGACUACUUUUCCAGUGCCACUUGCGAGGGAUGCCUGGUCAUCGUGGAUAAAUACCGUCCGAAGGCGACAACGGUCUGUCCGUCUAGCUUCUGUGACGACGUCGCUGACCCCGUUCAUUGCACGGAAUCUGCUGAGCUCACGACCAAUAAUUUGGAGAAGGCUAGCGGCCUAGUUAACCAAUAUUUCGACUUCGCUAAGAAGGUCGAGAACGAUGCGUGCAGUGUGGAUAACCGGUGCGACUCGGAGUCGUUCAGUCGCCGUGAUUUCUUUGAGACGGACUACACGGAUCAUGACUGUAGCCAAGCUCACCAAUGCUUCGACAAGGAUAAAGUAGUGGAGGACCUUAUCACUUCCGACAAAGCCAAGACGAACCCUCUUGCAAGAGAUGACAAUGGCUGUGACAACACAGCUGUACCAGUACCAGUCGGACAGUGUACUAGGUGCUGCAAGAUGCACACUGCACUAAAGGAGUGGUGGACAGACUACCGUUGCGGGUCCGACUACGACGCUCGCUACUGCGAGGGAGACAGUGACCAGACCUGUGAUUUCAAGCAGUGUCUCGUGAUGAAUGGUGAUACGUUGGCGACGGCGACCGCUUCGAUCACGGAGGACGCCAAGAAAGAAUCGGAGUCUGUGCUGGCUGACGUGGAAGAUGAAGCUUAUCAAACAGUGACUCAAAUCCAUCGCUCACUGGAUUGCACGUCGUUCGGUGGUACGGACGGAGAAUGCGAGCUCAGAACUAAAUUGUCCGAUCUGAUCGACACCACGGAAUCUCUCAAUUUUGGCUCGUACGGAAGUCGAGAAGCCACUGACUACGUGUUCUGGCGCUACAAGCUCGUGUCGGAGGACGAAUCCUGGCAACUGUGGAAGACUUCCAAGCACGUCGAUGACUACGGAGGUGUAACUUACGACAACGAUGGUCUGGUGACGUUCUCGAACCCAGAGACAAAGAUCACAAUCGAAGCCUGGACGCAAUGUGGUCUGGUCCGUCGCUUCUUCUUCUACGUCCACCUACACGUCAACAGCCCCGUGAGUGUGUGUGAGAAAUUCAACGACAUGUGGUACCAGACAUCCGUGUCGAGACUACCGAUCGGCGUGGGCAUGUGUGCAUAUCCAGGUAGCGACUUUGCCGAGCUGACGUUCGACUUCCACCCGAACGCAGGUCUGCAGUACUCUCGCGAGGAGUUGAGGAUGAAGGUGUCGAAGGUUGAGUGCACGGGUGCUCUCGAAGGCCGCAAGCCGAUAACAAUCUUAAGUGUAGCAGAAGAUUCCCCUGAAAUUGUGACCCGAUUCGCUGUCGAGAUGCUGAACAAGGCCACAACCGAAGCCGCCACAGAUUUCCACGUGGAGUGUGCAUUCACGUACACGAAACGCAGCGGAGCGAGAGCCACGGAGACGUGCAAACGUGAUUUCUCGAUAUCAGACUGUAAGGGUCCCGCGUUUGACAAGCCUGACAGUGAGUGUGAGUACGAGGCAUGUGCUGGUCAAGCUGAAGUCGGUCUGUAUGAGGCGUGCGGUGGCACCGUUGUGAGGGCCGAUGAAACCUGUACGAUUGUCGAGACAGACGAGAAACCUUGCUGCCAGGGCUGCGAGAACACGGAAGUCACGUGUGUAGCUCUACUGGAUCUGCCGAAUAGCAAUGCUGACAUCAUGCGAUGUGAACCGAGCUCCGGUGGGGCUUACUCGAGCUACAGCAGCUAUGCAGCUGUGCUGCUAACGGAGACUGCGCAUGGCCAUCCUGCUGCCAUGACGCUGCUGGGUGCGACCACGUUGAUUGCUGUGGUGGCGCUGGUUGUUGUUCGUCGUCGGGCGACUGCUUCGCACUCGGCUCAGAUGGCUGACGACGCCUAUUAUCCGUUGCUUCACUAA